AUGGUUCGAUACGCAGCCCACGAGAUCCAGCCCGCCAAGUCGGCCCGCGCCCGCGGCUCCUACCUCCGCGUCUCCUUCAAGAACACCAGGGAAACUGCCCAGGCCAUCAACGGAUGGAAGUUGCAGCGUGCUGUUGCUUUCCUUGAGAACGUCGUCGAGAAGAAGGAGGCUGUUCCUUUCCGCCGAUUCUGCGGCAGCAUUGGCCGAACUGCGCAAGGAAAGCAGUUCGGUGUCACCCGUGCCCGAUGGCCCGUUAAGUCCGCCCAGUUCCUUCUCGGCCUCCUAAAGAACGCCGAAUCCAACGCCGACGCCAAGGGUCUCGACUCCAGCAACUUGGUCGUCAAGCACAUCCAGGUCAACCAGGCCCCCAAGCAGCGAAGGCGCACCUACCGCGCUCACGGUCGUAUCAACCCCUACAUGUCGAGCCCCUGCCAUAUCGAACUCAUCCUCACCGAGGGCGACGAGGCCGUUGAGAAGUCGGAUGCUGUUGUUGCGCACGGAGAGAGGCUCAACUCGAGGCAGCGUGGUGUCCGCGUCCGAAAGGCGCUCACCGCGGCGUAG